AAAGAAAGAAAACUGAGAAAAAUACUUAGGUUUAACUUUUAGAAGUAAGUCCAGUUCCAUGGUUUAUGUGGCCACAUUGUAAGCCCUUCCAGACUCUGUAGCAAGGGACCAGGUACCAGUCUUGACUGUACCAUCUGACCAGCUGUCACAGGAGAAUCAGGAAGUGAUGGCAACUUUCUUGCCCUAGCUCCCUCAUUACUCUGACUACCCCCUGCUUACUCUUCAUGACAUUCCUAUGAGGUUAGUAUCAUUAUCAUUAGGCCCAUUUUACAGAUGAGAAUAUUGAGGCUCAAAUACACACCCUGUAUAUGGGUGUGUCCCCAGUACAUACCCUGCCCUUUGGAAUGAACCUCCUUUUUAAUAGCUUUCUAAAACAAACUUUUAUAAAGGUUUGCUUCAUUUUUAUAUUUAUGGGUGUUUUGCCAGCAUGUAUGUCUGUGGAUCAUGUGCCCUCAGAAGUCAGAAGUGAGUGUCAGAUCCCCUGGAUCUGGUGCUUUUGAUUAAAAACAGGUGCAUUACUACCACACCUUUAAUUCCAGCACUCGGGAGUCAGAGGCAGGCAGGUCUCUUGAGUUCUAGGCCAGUCUGCUCUACAGAGUGAGUUCCAGGACAGCCAGGGCUGCAUGGUAACGUUGUCUCAAAAAGCAAAACAACCAGGAUUCAUGCAAUUCCUGGGAUUUCUGGGAUUUCUGGGAUUCCACAUGGUUUGGAGACCUGGCCAUGGUCUGACUUAGUAAGCACUGCUUUUUCAACAACUGGGGUUUAUGUUAUUACAACCCUGGUUAGAAAUGUGACAGAUGGGGGCUGGGGAUUUAGCUCAGUGGUAGAGCGCUUACCUAGGAAGCACAAGGCCCUGGGUUUGGUCCCCAGCUCCGAAAAAAAGAACCACAAAAAGAAAAAAAAGAAAUGUGACAGAUGGCAGAGAUCCAAUGUCUCUGAGACCUCUUCCCCUAGCUUCCUGCUUGCUUUCUGUGUCUUUCCGUGUCCAGCCUUCCACCUUUCAGAGACGUCAGGCAUGCUGCAUUGGCCCACACUAAACCUAAUGUGUAACUGCAGUAACUCUUGAAAGGUCCUGUUUCCAAAUGCAGCCCUGCUUGGAGGCAGUAGGGUUGGGGCUUCAACAUAGAUUUGGGAGGGGGAGGGGGCAAGGCACAAUUCAGUGCUAAUGGGCUAUGCUGAGAAGGGACCGUGCUAGGACACACCCGUAACCCAUAGGAAGCAAGUCCUGCUUACUCUUCAUGACAUUCCUAUGAGGUAAGUAUCAUUAUCAUUAGGCCCAUUUUAUAGAUGAGAACAGUGAGGCCCAAGGAGAUAAAAGCCAUAGAGUGGCAGAGCCGGAACUGAGGCCCAAACCUGGCUGAUCCCAUUAUACUGCAUUGACAAAAAUGAGUUGAGAUGGAAAGUAAGUUCCGUGUCUGAAAGGCUGACACACAAUCAAACGUACUUAGUGUCUCUCCUACAGAAAGGGACCAGUGCUGUCUCAGUUAUACAGCAUUUUUGCUAUUAAUCAGAAUUUACCAACUAGAUAGACGUUAUUUCGAAGGUGGGCAUACCUUAAGUUGCCCCCCCACUUCUAUUUUUUAAAGUAAGAAUUUUGAGUCUGGAACAGAUUUGUUUUAUAAGCAUUAAGCUACAUUUGUAUUUUCAGUUUCUAAGUUUCCGCCUAAACCCUCAUGAAAUCUAAGGAAACCCUUUGUCCUUGCUUUUGUAAAUAGGGAUAACCUCUAAAACCACAAUCUCCCUGGCCUACCUUGCCCGCUUAGGACGGAGUGACCUCUGAAAGGAGCUGGAGCCACUGUAAUCAUCUUGUUUCAGUCAGCUCACGUGACUAAGCCAGAGGACUUGGGCUAGCGGGCCCUUCUCACCUGAACUGCCCCACAUUAGACAAGUCUUUAACGCUCAUUCAACUAGAGUUUUGGUAAAAUAGGAACCUGACCACCUUUCGGUGAUAUUGUCAAAGGAUCGUGGCUCUUUGAAAAGUGAUUAACUUCUGUGACGUACAAGGAAGAAAAAAAAGAAAUGCCCACUCUCGGGACAGAAACUCUGUGUCCUGGGCCGGGAUUUACUAUUUUGACUCUUGGUAACUGUAAUAGAGCCCAUCAUGAAUUUGAAAGUGAUUUUCCAAGAGUAGUUUGACUAUUGGCUUUAAUUUUGGUUUCGUUUGUCCAGCCGGAACCUCAUACAGGUCAGACUGGGCUUGAUGUUCUCAUCCCCCGUCUCCACCUACCAAGUUCCGGCAUUUCAGGUGUGUAACAGCUCCAUGUUACUCUCUCCCCGUUAAAUGAAAAGUUAGACUGAAGUACCGUUGGGCAAAAUUACAGAAAGCCACAUUUUCCAAAUUACAUGAUUAGGUGACUUUUGGUCUGGAGAAGUCCUUCUAAUUGUGUUUGAAGAACAAAAGGAAAUGUGGAAAGAAUGGGGUCCCUGCUGUGGAGGAGCCUGUGAAAUCCUUCUCUGACCUGCAGAGAAACGGAUGUGCAGAGGGCAGGCUACAGAGUAUCUUAACGAGGCCACACCUCCAAAGGAGUGCUGCUCCCUGGCCGAGCAUAUUCAAACCACCGCAUUCCACCCCUUGAACUUAUUCAAAUAUGAGCCUGUGGGGGCCAUACUUAAACAUGGCAUAAUGAAGACUACACUUAGUCCAACUUCCAAAGUCUCCAUAAUCAUGGCAGUCUCGACAAUGUUAAAAAUCCAAAGUUCAAAGUCUCUUCUGAGAUCCAUCCAAUCACUUCACAGUAAUGCCCAAAGCAGGGCAGGAAAUCAGCUGGGCAAACUCCAAACUCUGCAUUUCCAUAUCUGAUACCAAGGCGGUCUUCACAUCCCCAACUCCUUUUUCCUCUUUGUUGGGCGCAAUAAACUGCUGUCUCCUGGGCUGGUUCCACUUUCUGUUAGCAGCUUUCCUCAGCAGAUAGCCCACGGCUCUGGCAUCUCAAACAUCUUGGGGUCUCCAAGGCAACUUAAACGUCACAGCUUUUUCCCCCAGUGUCUGGGAUUCACACAUAAUCUGGGCUCCUCCAAAGGGCUGGCGUCACUUCUCCAGCUCUGUCCUCUGUAGCACUCUAGGCUCUGGUCGACUCUACUCCAUUGCCACUGCUGUACUUGGUGAUCAUCCAAUGGCACUGGCAUCUCCAAUACGCUGGGGUCUUCCACUGAAACUAGGCUUCAACAAUAGCCCCUCAUAGGCUCCCUUCAUGGUUCCAAACCUCAACUUCUUCAAUGACCCUUUCAGUCCUGGACCAUCAACUGCAACUGAGGCUGCACUUCACCAAUGGCCUUCCAUGGCCUCUCAGAGUGCCAAGCCUCAGCUGCUCUUCAUGGUCCCUUCAUGCCACCUGGGUGACUCUCACACAUUACCAAGUCCAGCAGCAGCACGAGUUACAACCUUGGCUUUCUCUGGAACACAGUUUCUUUGUACUCUCAGGAAUCACUUCCCAAAAGAUUUCACCUCAGUGAUGCUGGUCUCUUCUUAACCACCACUAAUUCCUUAACUCCAGCCAACCAGCAUCAACUGUCCCAGUAGUCCCUUCUAUUCUAGACGUUAAAGCCAGAGCCACAUGGCCAAAGCUCCCAAGAUCUGCUGCUUGCUGGAGCUGGAACAUCCCCCCCCCCCCAAUUCUAUUACCAGCUUUCUGUUUUCCAACUCCCUCACUGCUUAAGCUUGGCUGUCCUGAAAUUUGCUCUGUCAAUUGACCUUGAACUCAGAUCUGCAUGGUUCUGUCUCCUGAAUGCUAGGAUCAUGGGCAUAUAUUGUACCCCAUGCCUAAAUUUAAGCUUUUCUCUACUUGGAAUUGUUCUAUACUAGGCUGGCCUUGAACUCAGGAAUCUGCUUGCCUUGUCUCCUGGGAUUGAAGGUGUGUACCACCAUGCUUGGACCUAAGCUUUUCGAGGACACAGUUCUUCAAGAUCCAGAUCAAAAUCUGUGUCUUCCAGCCUCAAGAUCUGGAUCACAAGUGUGCCCUCCAUUUCUGGAUUAUGGUUCAUUCCAGAUUAAAAGUCCAAACUAUUCCUUGUUCAACUGCAAACACACACAAUAAGUUUAGCUGGGUGGGGUCUUACCCUGAGAUCACCUCUCCCUUAAUCUCUUAUCUCCUUGAAGACAGGAUUCAACUCCAUUUCACUUUCUGAUGUCCCUUUAUUACUUGAACCAUACCUUUUUAUAUUUUUCCUUUUCAUUAAAAUGCUCUUCAUAAGACUAAACCAGAGAAAAAGUCUCUGAUGGUACUUCCUUUGUCAAUGCAACUAAUAUAAAUUUAAACCUCUUGGGCCAGGUCUGCAAAGUUCAAAUCACUCUCAGCACUACCCAGUUCCUGGUACCAACUCCCGUCUUAGUUAGGGUUUUACUGCUGUGAACAGACACCAUGACCAAGGCAUCUCUUAUAACCACAACAUUUAAUUGGGGCUGACUCACAGGUUCAGAGGGUCAGCCCAUUAUCAUCCAGGUAAGCACAGUGCAGUAGGAGCUGAGAGUUCUACAUCUUCAUCUGCAGGCCACUAGAAGAAGACUGGCUCCCACGUGGUUAGGAGGAGGGUCUUAAAGCCCACACCCACAGUGACACACUUCCUCUAACAAGGCCACACCUCCAAAUAGCGCUGGCUCCCUGGGCCAAACAUAUUCAAACCACAACACAGAGGGAUAAGUGUGGAGAGGAGUGGGGGAAAGGAAAGUUUAUUUCAGAUUCAUCCAGUCGUAAAGAGGAGCAGUUAUUUAGUUUUUGUGGGGAUUCCCUGCCCCUGGUUAUUUCGUAACAGGGGCUCUGGAGCUCAGGCUGACCUUGUUAUGUAAUAGAGGAUGACCUUGACCUUGAUCCCCCAGCUUCCUUCUCCUGAGUGUUCGUGCUACAAAUAGAGACCACUACAUCCAGUUUGCAUAUGAUGCUGGGUAUAAAACUGGGGAUUCUUACGUGCCAGGCAAGAUUACCAACUGAGCUACAUCCCAGGAGUGGCGUUUAUUUAUUUAUUUAAUGUAUAUGAGUGCUUUAUCUGCAUAUACGCCUGCAUGUCUGAAGACGGCAUCGGAUCCCAUUACAGAUGGACAUGAACAACUAUGUGGUUGCUGGGAUUUGAACUCAGGACCUCUGGAAGAGCAGUCGGUGCUCCUAACCACUGAGCCAUCUCUCCAGCCCUCCAGGAGUGAUUCUUUUUUUUUUUUUUUUUUUUUUUUGGUUCUUUUUUUUUUCAGAGCUGGGGACCGAACCCAGGGCCUUGCGCUUCCUAGGUAAGCGCUCUACCACUGAACCAAAUCCCCAGCCCCCAGGAGUGAUUCUUAAUGAGGCUGGAUGCACGCAGGCAUCCGUGCAUGCCUGCAUACCCUCUGCCCCACAUGGGAUCUAUCACCAAGUGCUAUCAGGUUUGCCCCAGGCUAUCUUUUGAAUCUAUCCUGUCCCCAUCUUCACUGUACAUUGUGUCCCUUCCCUAGACUCUGCCACGGGUUCUGAGUAAUGGUUUGUAAUCCCCCUGCCCAGACCCUUUCUCCAAUAGAAAGUUGUAUUUUUGACCAUUGUCACCUUAGCAACAAACAGAAUAAAAUACCUGUGUCCUGGCUGGUUUUGUGUGUCAACUUGACACAAGCUGGAGUUAUCACAGAGAAAGGAGCCUCAGUUGUGGAAAUGCCUCCAUGAGACCCAGCUGUAAGGCAUUUUCUCAAUUAGUGAUCAAGGUGGGAGGACCCAGCCCAUUGUGGGUGGUGCCGUCCCUGGGCUGGUGGUCUUGGGUUCUAUAAGAGAGCAAGCUAAGCAAGCCAGGGGAACAAGCCAGUAAGUAACAUCCCUCCAUGGCCUCUGCAUCAGCUCCUGCUUCCUGACCUGCUUGAGUUCCAGUCCUGACUCCCUUUGGUGAUGGACAGCAAUGUGGAAGUGUAAGCUGAAUAAACCCUUUCCUCCCCAACUUGCUUCUUGGUCAUAAUGGUUUUUUGUGCAGGAACAGAAACCCUGACUAAGACACCUUGCUAAACGGAUAGAUUAUAUUAUUUUAAUUAUGACUUCAACUCCUUCUGCAAUUCUCUGCACCUAGAAUAAAAUCCCCAACCCAGCUUCCUCUUGGGCCCUUCUUCUGCAUUCUCACUUCCGGCCACACUGGUUGGUUACCUCUCUAUUGGUCUAAACACAUCCAGCUCAUUUCUGCCUGAGGGCCUAGGAGCAGGUGGUUUCUCCGCCUGGAAAGUUGUCAGAACUCCCCAACCCACACCAUUCAAGUCAAAAUUAUGUGAGGCUCUUCCAGACCCUCUAAUCUGAACCCAGCCAGCACCUCCAAACUUAGACAGGAUACACCUUUGCUUCACUGCCUGUUUUCCAUUGGGAACUGUGGCUCUCAGGGUUGCACUGACUCUAGGCCAGGCCCAUGAGAGCUGAAGAUUCUGGGCUUCAGAUUUAAGGCCAUAUUAUAGACCAACAGAUGUCUGCUGGGCUGUUAGAAAGUUUCUUUCUGGCUCUAAGCCCAGGAGAUCAGAGGUUGGGAGGUGAGAUAAGGAAGUAAAACAUGGCUCUACAGAAAGACAGAACUUGGUCUGACACACACACACACACACACACACACACACACACACACACACACACACACAUAGAGAGAGAGAAGAGGAUCCUGUCCUUAAUGCCUCGGGACUUUAAACUGAGCAGCUGCUAAGGCAAUGUUUUCCAAAGCCAUUAGAAUGGGAUUCUUUUAAAAUGGAAUUUUCACAGGUGGGUCAUUUAUUUUAUUUACUCCAACGUGAACUAUAUAGCCAGUAUGACUAGGCUAACUACUUUUAGCUCACAUAAAUACACAACUGAGGAUCAUAACUCAAGACUCUAAUAAGGAAAAAAGGAAAAAAUGCUUGGGUUUUGGGUUUUUUUGUUUUGUUUUGUUUUUGUUUUUUUGUUUUUGUUUUUUUUUUUCCUGUACGUUUCUGAGAAGCGGCAACAUUCAAUAAAAAGAACCCAGACCUGAAACUGGCUAAGGAAGUUGAGUCAUUAAAAAAUGCCUCGAUUUAGAGACCAGGAGAUUGAGGUUAGUGAUUUCCAGCCACAGCAGGCCUGGUACAGAAAUCUGACCUACAGACAGACAGACCUUCUGGAGUGCAGACCACUGCCCUUCCCACAGCUCCCUGGCUGUACUGUGGGUCUUUAACUAGCAUCAAGGAGAGCUGUAAGUCAGCAGGUUUUAAGAGUCGAGGAACUCGUUCUAUGAUCUUUUGAAAAGACAGCUUUUACAAUUUGCUGCUCAUAGAGCAACCCUGUUUGGCUUCAACUACAGCCUCUGGAGGAACCUGGGCCUUCGUAAACAAGACCCAGUACGUGCUGGCGUCCAUCUGCUAAUGGAAGGGAAAGGCACGGAGAGUGAAGGCUGGAAGCCCAUUUGUAGUGCACUUUUUAGAGCAUUUUCACACUGCGUUCAAAUAUGGGUGUGUCUGACAUUCUGCAAAUUUGUUCCAAGCAGAAUGAUGUCUCUCAAGAACACGAGUGGGCCCAGAUCAAAGGCUUCCCUGCCUUCCAGAGUGUGUGACCUGUGUUGGUCUCUCCCGGCAGAGAUCGGGUAUUUCCUCUUCCUUCUCUCUCUGCCCCAACAGCUGCGGCUGAGUGUGCUGAGCGCUGGGGCUUUACUGGGUGUCCCAGUGUCUUUAGACAAAAGGUCAAAUGAUUGAUUCAAACACAAACCCGCAAAGACAGCCAUUGAACCUCAGCUCUUUUUGGUCCCCUUAUCUCAAGGAGAGAGAAUGUAGCCACCUCUUCCUAGGUUAAGCACUUCUCAUGAAUGUCAACCUUUAUUUCCGCCCCAUGGAUUAACAGUGGUAGGCAGGAAUCCAGAACGGCCUGGGGGCUGAUAGCAUCCAUGCCACUGGCUGUUGAACUUGUGUGGUCAUGAAGUCUCGUUGACUUUUUCAGGAAAACAGUUUUUGUCAACGCUCAUGCAAUAAAUGACAACUGCUGUUUUAUUAACUUUAACCAAAGCUGCUUGAUUUUGAACAAUUCCUUUCAUGAUACAACUUAAGGGAAAAUACAGAAUUCGAUUCCAAAGUUUCUCAGCAUUGUCCGUUUCCUGAGUCUUGAUUUUAGUUCUGAACCUUGAAUUCCUAGCCUCUCCCACAUUCUGCCUUUCUUAGUUGAACAUACGAACACAUACACACACACACACACACACACACACACACACACACACACACACACACGACUCCCGAGUUCCUUACUUUGUGUGGACCGGGACUUAAGCUUUGUCCUUAGCCUGAGCCUCCGUGCCAGCUGACCUGUCCCAGGAGAGAUGGACCCCGCAACUGGAUCCUCGGUGGCGCCCAGGGUGUGGAUUUCUCGGUGGGAGAGGUGAAGGGAGCUCAGAAAUCUGGCGCCACCCUCGGACCCUGCAGCUUAAACAAACUUCUUGCCGGAGGCCUGAGCCCACUCCGCCAGCUCUCGGAAGUGGCCCACAGCUUGGGUACCACUGGGGCGGACUCAGGCACGGUCACUCAAGUCUCUGCUCUCCCUGUCCCAGCCAGGCCAGACAGUUUGGAGGCCCCCAGCAGUCCCUGGUGUAGACAGAGCCACGCCCCACAGCACCACCCUGCAGGCAAGGGCGGGGCCCAGGCUGUCCCAAGAGGAGGACUGCGGCGUAAUGAGGUGCGGAUAAGUCUUCCUCUGUGUUUUGCGCUGGCGCCGCGGUCCAGACUCCUCGGAACUCCCCGGUUCCAGAGCCACCAGGCCCUCUCUUGCUUUCUCUGCACCACCCCUUCCUCUGCCCUAGCCCUGGGAUACCCUUCCGACAGGAAGCGGCUUUUCCAGCCCCAGAAACGCCGGGCACUGGGUUUCCCCACAGCUGCUCCUCUUGUCAGCAGGGGCCCCAUAUGGCUUCACCAACCUCCACCAACCCAGCACAUGACCACUUUGAGACCUUUGUGCAGGCACAGCUGUGCCAAGAUGUACUGAGCAGUUUUCAGGGGCUCUGUAGAGCCCUGGGAGUGGAGUCUGGUGGGGGAUUACCCCAGUACCACAAGAUCAAGGCCCAGCUCAACUACUGGAGUGCCAAGUCACUGUGGGCCAAGUUGGACAAGAGAGCAAGCCAGCCUGCGUACCAGCAAGGCCAGGCCUGUACCAACACCAAGUGUCUCGUGGUAGGUGCUGGGCCUUGUGGACUUCGGGCUGCAGUGGAGCUUGCACUGUUAGGUGCCCGAGUGGUGCUUGUGGAAAAGCGUACCAAGUUCUCUAGGCACAAUGUACUCCAUCUCUGGCCCUUCACCAUCCAUGAUCUCCGGGCACUUGGGGCCAAGAAGUUCUACGGGCGUUUCUGUACUGGGACCCUGGACCAUAUCAGCAUCCGACAGCUCCAGCUGCUUCUGCUGAAGGUGGCGUUACUGUUGGGGGUGGAGAUUCACUGGGGCUUCACUUUCACUGGCCUGCAGCCCCCUCCCAAAAAAGGGAGUGGCUGGCGUGCCCGGAUCCAGCCCAGUCCCCCAGCCCAACUGGCCAGCUACGAAUUUGAUGUCCUCAUCUCAGCUGGAGGAGGCAAAUUUGUCCCUGAAGGCUUCACCAUCAGAGAGAUGCGCGGCAAACUGGCCAUCGGCAUCACAGCCAACUUUGUGAAUGGGCGCACGGUGGAGGAGACACAGGUGCCAGAAAUCAGUGGCGUAGCUCGGAUCUACAACCAAAAAUUCUUCCAGAGCCUGCUCAAAGCCACAGGUAUUGAUCUGGAGAACAUUGUGUACUACAAGGACGACACCCACUACUUUGUCAUGACAGCCAAGAAGCAGUGUCUGCUGAGGCUGGGGGUAUUGCGCCAGGACUUGCCAGAGACUGAUCAGCUGCUGGGCAAAGCUAAUGUGGUGCCUGAGGCUCUGCAGCAGUUUGCCAGAGCAGCGGCCGACUUCGCCACCCAAGGCAAGCUUGGGAAACUGGAGUUCGCUCAGGAUGCACGUGGGCGGCCCGAUGUGGCAGCCUUCGACUUCACAAGCAUGAUGCGGUCAGAGAGUUCUGCUCGUAUCCAAGAAAAGCAUGGUGCCCGCCUACUGCUGGGGCUGGUGGGGGACUGCCUUGUGGAGCCCUUCUGGCCUUUGGGCACUGGAGUGGCCCGAGGCUUCUUGGCAGCCUUCGAUGCAGCCUGGAUGGUGAAGCGGUGGGCGGAGGGUACUGGGCCUCUAGAGCUGUUGGCUGAACGUGAGAGCUUGUACCAGCUUCUGUCACAAACAUCCCCAGAGAAUAUGCAUCGAAAUGUAGCCCAGUAUGGGUUGGACCCUGCCACCCGAUACCCCAACCUGAACCUCCGGGCUGUAACGCCCAACCAGGUACAAGACCUCUAUGACAUAAUGGACAAGGAGCAUGCUCGGAAGAAGAGUGACGAGACGGAUGCCCGGAAGACAACCACAGGGUCUGCAGGCACUGAGGAGCUUCUGCACUGGUGCCAGGAGCAGACAGCUGGCUUUCCUGGAGUCUCUGUCACUGACUUCUCUUCCUCGUGGGCUGAUGGGCGAGCUCUGUGUGCCCUGGUACACCGCCUACAGCCUGGCCUUCUGGAACCCUCAGAGCUGCAGGGCAUGAGCGCUCUGGAAGCCACUGCCUGGGCACUGAGGGUGGCAGAAUAUGAGUUGGGCAUCAUACCAGUGUUGUCUGCACAGGCCGUAGUGGCAGGCAGUGACCCACUGGGCCUCAUUGCCUACCUCAGCCACUUCCACAGCGCCUUCAAGAACACACCCCACAGCUCAGGCCUUGUCAGCCAGCCUCACGGGACCCCUAGUGCCAUACUUUUCCUUGGCAAACUCCAGAGGAGCCUACAACGGACCCGGACCAAGGUAGAGGAGGAGACUCCGUGUACUGAGGAGCCUCCUGUCUCUGAGCCCAGUGUGCCCCCAGCUCUGCCCUCCGAACAUGAGGAGGCUGGGGCAGAGGAUGUGUGUGAGCUCUGUGGGAAACGCCUCUACAUCCUGGAACGCUUCUGUGUGGAUGGCCAUUUCUUCCACCGCGGCUGCUUCUGCUGCCGUACCUGUGAGGCCACAUUGCGGCCAGGUGGCUAUGGGCAAUAUCCAGGAGAUGGAUAUUUCUACUGUCUCCAGCACCUACCCCAGGAGGAUCAGAAGGAGGCAGACAACAAUGGAAGUCCAGAGAACCAGGAGCUCCCAACACCAGGAGACAGUACCACACAGUCAGGCCCCUCCUCUCCUGUACCUCCUGUGACGGAGGCCAGCCCUGUCCCAAGCCCCAGCCAACCUGCACGUCGGCUGAUCCGCCUCUCCAGCGUAGAACGCCUACGGCUAUCCUCCCUGAACAUCAUCCCUGACUCAGGAGUGGAGCCUCCACCCAAGCCCCCACGGAGCUGCUUGGACUUGGCCCAAGAGUCCCUCAAGAGCAGCUUUAUGGGCUGGGGUGUGCUCCGGGCACCACAGGUUCCUGAGGCCAUAGAGAAGGGGGAGGAGGAAGAAGAAGAGGAGGAGGAAGAAGAAGAGGAGGAGGAGGAGCUUCCGCCACCUUUGGCGCUAGAAGUGGAACAGGGGCCAGACCUGACUGCCCCAACCCUCCCACAGUCACUGCUGACCUUGGCCAAGAACUCAGGCGACAUGACUAAGUACCCAACGUGGCGUCGAACCCUCAUGCGCCGUGCCAAAGAGGAGGAGAUGAAGAGGUUCUGCAAGGCCCAGGCCAUCCAGCGGAGACUAAACGAGAUUGAGGCUGCUAUGAGGGAACUGGAGACCGAAGGCAUGAAGCUGGAGGUGGCCUUGAGGAAAGAGAGUAGCUCUCCAGAAAAGCAGAAGAAACUCUGGCUAGAGCAGCUGCUACAGCUCAUUCAGAAGAAGAACAGCCUAGUGACUGAGGAAGCCGAACUCAUGAUCACGGUGCAGGAGCUGGACCUGGAAGAGAAGCAGCGGCAACUGGACCACGAGUUUCGGGGCAUCAACCGGGAAGAAACUCUGAAGACCCAGGCCGACCGACUGUCUGAGGACCGGGUCCUAAGGAAGCUGUUGGAUGUGGUGAACCAGCGGGAUGCUCUGAUCCAAUUCCAGGAGGAGCGAAGGCUCAGAGAGAUGCCCGUAUAGAUGGGGGCCCGGGGCUAGAAGAGGACGAUUAGAGGCCUCUGAGCCCCAUAAGCAAGACACCAUCACGAGGGCUGUACCCCUGCCAUCUGGACUGCUUAGUCAGGGGCUUCGUUGUUUACAAUAAAAGUGUGUGCCACGAA